UGGUCCUUUAUUGACCAAUCACGAUGUCGAUUGCCAAGUAGACAAACAGGAAGUCAGGCCGCUAGCUAAUCACUUCAGUAAAUCUGAGAUUACUUGUUCUUGAAAGUCAGCUCCAAUUCAGACAAGUUUUUUGUUGACAGUAGUUUGUAAGUGAAACAUACAAGAUGACAGAUGUGUAAAUAAAAGGUUGCUAUGGCAAUAAGGAAACGACCUCCAGACUCUAGACAGUUGGUCAAGCCCAGUAGUCAUGAACCCCAGUUCUCCCUGUGAGGGCCAGAGCCCUGAGGGUGACCCUCCAGAAGAUUGGUUCCACCUCUCCACCGUGUCUCUGGGAACUCAGGGCUCUUAUGGAAGCCAGGAUGACCCAGAGGAACCUGAGGAGAGAGGCAGACUCAAGUCCAAGUUGGUGUCAGCAUGGAACAAUGUCAAAUAUGGCUGGUCAUUCAAGUCAAAGGCCCGCUUCAGCAAGACCUCUCCUCUGACCAUGCUUGGACAGUCUUAUUUGCUCAGUCAUGGAGUGGAGAGGGAGUGCUUUCUCCGGGCCUUUGCCACUCUGCUGUGGCUAACGUACAGGCGGGGCUUCCCACAGCUGGAUGGUUCUUCUCUGACCACAGACAGUGGCUGGGGCUGCAUGCUGCGCAGUGGACAGAUGCUGCUGGCACAGGGGCUGCUGCUACACCUGCUGCCGCCAGGCUGGACCUGGCUCUCUGCCCACCAUGUGUUCAAAGAUGACAUGGAGGUACAGGAGUCUCGCUCCUUGGGUCCAGAGGUGACUAAGAAGGGAAGGAGGAAGAGCAUAGCAUCCUUCCCGGAGAGCCGGACUGACGUCACUCACAGACGGGUGGUGUCCUGGUUUGGGGACCAUCCCAUCGCCCCGUUCGGGCUGCACCAGCUGGUGAAACAGGGCACAAGCUCAGGGAAGAAGGCGGGGGACUGGUACGGCCCCUCCAUCGUAGCACACAUACUUCGUAAGGCUGUUGAAGCAGCAUCAGCAGAGGUGUCCAAUCUGACAGUGUAUGUAGCACAGGACUGCACUGUGUACAUAGAUGACGUGGUGAGAAUGUGUGAGCGACCUCUAUCUGAGGGCUCCAAAGGACCCAGUCCAGCCUGGAAGUCUGUCAUCAUCCUGGUCCCUGUGCGCCUGGGAGGAGAAGUCCUCAACCCCACCUACAUCAAAUGUGUCAAAAACCUCCUGAGGUUAGAAUGCUGCAUUGGAAUCAUCGGCGGCAAACCCAAGCACUCUCUGUUCUUCGUUGGGCAUCAAGACGAGCAGCUGUUGUACUUGGAUCCCCACUACAGCCAGUCCACAGUGGAUAUCACACAGGAUAACUUCCCCUUAGAGUCGUUUCACUGUAAGUGUCCCAGGAAGAUGGCCUUCAGUCGCAUGGACCCCAGCUGCACUAUAGGCUUCUAUGCCAAGAGCCAGAAGGACUUUGAGUUACUGUGCUCAGCUGUUAGCACGGCUCUCUCGUCAUCAACAGAAAAGUACCCCAUCUUCACCAUUGCAGAGGGUCAGGGACAGGAUGGGGGGCAGGAGGAUGAGAGCGAUGCACCCCCAAACUCUAUCACCCACAUCCUGACAAAGGACAAGGAGAGGCUGAGAAGGACCAAUACCAGCAACAGCAUGGAUGAGUUUGUGUUAUUGUGAACUAACGUAGCAGGAGUAAAAGUUCUAAGCUAGGUUGAAUUAGCUGUAUCCCUGAAAACCGGAACAUCCGGUUGUUGGCAACUCUGCUAAGGGUGCUGUGAAUAGACUGACUUAAUGUGCCCUGAGUGGCCAGCAACCGGAUGUUCCGGUUUUCAGGGAUACAGCUAAUUCAACCUAGCUUAGAACUUUUACUCCUGGAACAUAAUUAAUAUACCAACUCAUACACAUAGUUACUGAACUGAGCUUUAUCAGUGGCAACAACUGACAGGGGGGGGACAUGCUACAGAUUUAACCUUUAUCCCCAACCUCCACAAACAAUAACUAGGCUUGGUGAGGUGUUGCUGAAUAGAACAGGCCAAUGACACUAUUCUCGUGUAUUUAUUAGUUUUAGAUAAUUAUUUAUUGUUUUAAGGUGAAGUGUUGUGAUGAAUGUAACAGAAUGUUUUUAAAUGAAGGUUUUUGUAUAAUUGUUUUUAAUUUUAAGAUUUUGAUAUUAGUAUGGUUUUGAGGUUCUUAUGUUAAAUAUCCUGCCUUCAACUUCCUUGUUUACUAUUCUACAUGAAGUCAUGUCAUGGGUGACUCAAUGCCUGGCUGAAAGACACUGACUGACCCUAUUUCAUCAUUGUGUAGAUAAGCUGCUCAUCCUAUAGUCCUCUCCACUACAACCUUUUGUUGAAAUACUUUGUCCUGCAUUAGACUCAAGACAAUCUGGGCUCUGAGCUGCUGUUUGACGUCAUGUGACAGGAUGUCUGCUCUGUGAAUGGAUUAGGAAAUUUGAUUCCUUAGACCUUGGGACGUGCACAUGGAACCAGUGAAUGGAAUCAAUUUGUCUUCUUAUAGAUGUGUGUAUUGGUUUGUAUGUGGUUGAGUGGGGAGAGUAUAAAAUAUGCAUCAGUCAAUUAAGAGGCACAUUCUGGGCAAUAUGGGGUUGCUUUUGCCCUUUUUUUAUU